GCGGGCGAAAACAACAUGAAAGGCGACGUGUGUCCGUCCCAACUGAUUGUGCGCGUACAAAUCAAACCUAAAUGCGUUUUGUGAGAGAUUAUAAAGUGCGCCACAGUCACCAGACGUCUCGACGUGCCUCUGCCGCAAAAAACAAGCCGCUGCUGUGAGUUUUUAUGAGGCCACCGUGCAGUUUAUCUGAUGUCAAACACCCUGCAGAGGCGGAGAUGGUUUGGUCUGUAGUAGGUGGGACUGCCGAGCGGUCUGCAGCAGGACGUCGUAGAUCAAUGAACCGGACCGGAGGGUUGGUCCAUCGCCUGGUGUGCAUCUGACUGUAUAGAUGUGUCAGUAUACCUAUGCAGGGCCGGAGCUUUAUUACUGUUAACCUGCCCGUUCAGUAUGCGGAUGUUUUAAACCGACUGGUUAUUUUAUAGGCUUCUACCACCGAUUGGAUUCCGUCUGUAGUGGCUCAUCGUUGCGAUCUGUGUCUGGGAAAUAAUAAUAAUAAAAAAAAUAAUAACCUCAAGGAUGAUCUUUGCAAACCCAGGCAACCCCCUGAAGACAGCCAAUCGUAAGCAGUCUUACCCCAUGACUCCAUCCAGUCCCAGCAGCAGCAGCAACAGCAGCAGCACAGGCCUGGAGCAGCUCAGCAAAACCAACCUGUACAUCCGCGGACUGCCUCCUGCUACUACAGACCUGGACUUGGUCAAACUCUGUCAUCAGUAUGGCAAGAUUCAGUCAGCGAAGGCAAUCUUGGACAAGACAACCAACAAAUGUAAAGGUUACGGCUUUGUGGAUUUUGACAGCCCGGCGGCUGCUUUAAAGGCAGUACAUGCUCUGAAGACCAGCGGCAUACAGGCCCAGAUGGCCAAGCAACAGGAGCAGGACCCCACAAAUCUGUACAUUUCCAACUUGCCUCUCUCCGUGGAUGAGAAGGAGCUGGAGAACAUGCUGCAGCCGUUCGGCCAGGUCGUCUCCACACGGAUCCUCCGAGACUACAGCGGCAACAGCCGAGGCGUGGGCUUCGCCAGGAUGGACACCACAGAGCAGUGUAACGCCGUCAUCUCCCACUUUAACGGAAAGUUUAUCAAGAUGGCUUCUGGAGCUCUGGCUCCGUCUCAGCCGUUGUUGUGUAAGUUUGCAGACAGUCAAAGGAAGAAACAUGCACAUAGUGGAUUUAUUCCCAACGGACAGACGGGAGAUCUCAGACUAGGUGCAAUGACUCUUACCUAUGACCCCUCCUCAGCAGCUCUACAGAAUGGGUACUAUCCUUCUCCUUAUCCAGUGGCCAACCGGAUAAUGACUGUGCAGCCUGCGAUGACUCCCUACAUGUCUCCAGUCUCUGCUUACCAGGUACAGAGUCAUUCUUGGGUGGCACAUCAGCCAUAUGUCAUGCAACACCCGGCUGCUGUGAUGUCUCCCUCUGUGGAUCCCUCCAUGUCACUGCACCCGUCAGCCAUGAUUACGCAGCAGAUGGGUCAGCUGUCACUGGGAAACACUGGAGCGUAUAUUUCAGCCAACCCUGGUGUCCAGGGAGCUUACAUGCCUCAAUAUCCCCCCCUGCAGGCAGCACCUGAAAAUGGCACGCCGCAGCAAGUGGAUUCUUCCAACAACUCGUCUCCUUACAGUCAGCUCAGCAAGUAAUCACAGGGUAGAUCACCGCUCUGUGAGCCGGACGGCUGGUGGGAGCUCGCUGAUGACAUCACAGUGAUGACGGUCACCGCCUUCUCCAAUUGGACCAGAUACAUGAACUUUUUUGCACAGCUUCCGGUGUUUGUGGUGGAAAAUGAGGACAGUGUAAACGGACCCAAGCAGUCGGCUAGUCACAGAAAGAAAAAAAAAAAAAACAACAAGAUUUAUUUUGAUAAUAAACCACAUGCUGUCCUUUUUCUCUUUUUUCAAGGAUUCUCAAACAAACGCCAGAGGACCCACCCCACCCCACCUCCCCCCUUAGUAUGAUGUGAUAUUAAAAUGCAUGAGAUUGAGAUACCCCACGCCACCUUCAAGGUUUCUAUGAUUUUAUAUUUCCUUUAUUUGUGAUAUAUGAAAAACCUUGCAAAACCUUGUUUGCACUGAAGUUUAAAGUUUCAGGAUAGCUUCAUUUUGGUUUUCAAAGUUGCCACAAAAAAGCUUACAAAAUCACUUACUGUUCAACUGCACUUGAUAGCUGAUACAGGUGACCAUUUCAUUAGGAAAUUAACAAAUUUGCUAUUGGACAAAAAAAGGUGCCUUCCUUACGCCACAUCAAACAUUCUCCAACAUUUUUUCAUUGAACUUGGUCAGGUGUCCAUGCUGUUGACUUGAUCACACGUGUGUGAAAUCAUGAGAGUGUUUCAUCGAGUGCUUCGCUAUCUAGUCUUCUGGUAGCAAUAAAAACAAUGAGAGUCCCUCGGCAAUACUGAGAAAAAAGAAUGGUGACAAACUCAGAGCAAGGUAAUUCCUUAUUUUCUCUCUUUCCUUAAUUUUUUUUUUUUUUAAAAAAACAAAACUUCCAAACGUGACAUGAAAAAAGAUACAUACUUUUAUGAAAUUACAGGUUUUACACCCAGAGGACAUCUUUUACGAGGUUUUUUUUUUUGUUUUGUUUUUUUGGGUUUUUUAUUUCCUCUUGUGGUCAGUUUGACCAGUGAUCUACCUCAUGGUUCUGCUGGAUUCUGCUGGUUUUGUGGGGUUUGCAGGUAAAGCCCCCUUUUCACCGGAGUGGAUGAAGCAGGACAAAAGCCACGCUCAGGAGCUGGCUAAAUAGGACUUCUGCCAUUUGUCUCCCACAUGCAGCGUUUCUCUCCCCAACCUGCAAAGAAUCAUUGUGCUUUGCUUCUCCUUUAUUUGUCAUUGCUUCUGUUCUGGUGUUUCUUUUUCUCAUCAUUAUUGUGAUGAGUGUUGUUCAGUUGUGAGCCUCCAUUUUAUGGACUCAGAGAUAACUAGCUUCUCCUUGAAAUAGCUGCUUUACGAUGUGUUUGAUAGAAGUGAAUGCUGGCUACAUGCAUUUACUCUGAGAAUUUUUCUGUCUUUGCCAUUCUAGACUGAUCUUAGAUGAUUCACCACGUACCUUUACUCAUUUUCCUUUAAAAGAAAAAAGACUAAAUGUCACUAUCUCGGGUACACUGCUACUGUAAAGCUCUCUGAAAUCAGUGCUAAGAUCUGACCACAUUUUGGUCAUUUUGGUUGUACAGCAGAGUAAUAGAAUACAUGCUAAACAAUUUGGAUGAGUGGAAAAGUGAGGAAGUCUUGCCUCAUGCAAAAUAAUUGCAACAAUCAUGUAUGGGGAAAAAAAACCCAUAAGAGGUGGAUGGAAGCUGAAAUCACACGAGUGACUACCGGUAUGUGUUUCAAAGAUUUGUAAAUUAUAUACAUUCAGGGCCAAAAGUGAAAAAUAAGUGAUUUUUAUUGUUUGCUUUGCUUUUUUUUUUCUUUAAACUGAUGACUUCUGAUGUAAGAACUCUGCACUACUACAAGAAAAAAUGGUCAAAGCUGUAUGAUCGUGGUGCUUUUUCCCCGAUCAAUAGUACUGUCGCAGUAAAUGCUCUUUAUCAGAAAAUACAAGCAGUAACUAAGCUUUUACUGAGUGUACUUUUCUAUUCCGAACAUCUGCUGCUGGAAAAAAAAAGCAAAAAUGCAAAAAAAAAAAAAAAAAAAAAAAAGUCUUGUACAUGUUAUCCUCAUUGCUUCCCCUGUCACCUUCAGCUGACUCUCAAUCAAACUUCUCCUUGCUCCCUCCUUUGAAAACAUUGGAAUAAAAACAGCGCUGAAUAAAAUGCUCUUUCUCA